CACAGACACGGGGUGGGGAGCGUGAGGCUGCAGUCCAAGGAGGGGCCACGGCCCUGCUGCCCUCACGCACCCCUCCCACCACCAGGAGCAGCCUCCCUUCUCCAGCCACCGAAACCCUGUGUCCGCCUCCACUGGGAAGCCUGCUUCCUGCCGCCGAGCUCUGGGGUCCUGGGCCCUGCUUGGAGCUCGAGGAGGAGGGAAUGCCGUCCACCCCCUGUUCGCCUGCUAGCCUGGCAGUCCCGCAGAGCUAGACCUGUUGUUCCCUGAUUCCUGGGGUCCUGGGCCCCCAGAGGCGGGCAGCAACUGAGUGUGAGCCCCCAGCAGACGCCUGGACCCCCAGGCAGAUCUGCUCCUGCCUGACAGAGCCGGCCCCCAGGGGCGGCAGCCCCCAGGCCUCCCUCCUCCCCCAAACCGGCCGGCCUCUGGCUUGGACCAGACGCCAUUUGUCAACGUCCUUGCAAGCACGUGGCGCCCAGAAACCAGGGCGGGCGGCUUGGCCAGGACCACCCCAGCCGAGAUGUCUGCGGGAACGUCCCAUUUAGCGUAGCUCAGCGAAAAUUGCUCCCACCUCCCGGCAAACCUACCUCUGAUGAUGCAGCCUCGGCUUCCCAGAGCCUCUGGCCGCCACCCUCACCGCUGGCUUGCAGCGGACGCGCCUGUGGUCAGGCCGGCGACGGCGUGGCGCGCCUCACGCGUUAGCGGGCAGGCGCUCUUCCUGCCCCCGUGGGCGGCCCGCCCAGCACGUGCCUCCCACUUGGAGCUCGCCUGUGGGUCUCCCGGCCCAGGCUGUGCACACGGGCGGUGCCUGGAGCCAGGUUCCAGCCCUUGUCCAUCACCCACCCAGCGACUCGGGCCCUGUGGGCUCAUUCCCAAACCAGGGUGAUGGCGGAGCCUCCCCAAGGAGAUGCUGAUGCAGACAGACCUGCCUAGAAGGCACCUGGGAAGCAGAACUUCUGAUGGUCAGGCUGUGUCGCCCCUGGGCCUUGGGUCCUCCUGCACCACAGGGGGACUGUGUGUCCCCACAGGGAGGGGGAGGAGACGUGAGGAGGGCUGGCCUGACGGCUAUCCCUCCCCACCCCAGGGUGCAGCAAUGCUCAUCUCAGCUGCCUCGGUGGCCCCUGAGGUGGCUGGCCCGUGCCCCCAGGGGCCCUCCAGACCCCCACCGCCCCUCCUGCCCAAGCCGGGGAAGGACAACCUACGUCUGCAGAAACUUCUGAGGAAGGCAGCCAGGAAGAAGAUGACCGGGGGCGGGCCCCCUGGCCCGCCUGGGGCUUUCCGCACCUCCCUAUCCCCUGUGAGUGAGGCCAGCCACGACCAGGAGCCCACAGCCCCGCGCCCUGCUGAGGCCCUGCUCCAAGCUGAGGCCCCGCACCCUGCUGGGGCCCUGCGCCCUGCCGAGGCCCCGCGCGUGGUGGCCGCGCUGCCCCGCAGCCCCCACAACCCCGUCAUCCACCAUGUGGCAUCGCCUCCACAGAAAUCCAUGUUCUCCUUCAGCCUCACCCAGCGCAGGAGCCUGGCUGCUCACUUCAAGGCCACGGGGCCCCAGCUCGUAGCCCCGGCCCCAGAACCCCCCAGGUCCCCCAGUGGCUUUGCCCAAGUCUCGGCACCUGUAGUGGGGGACACCCACAUCAGCCAGGUACACAUCCGGCUGUCACCGUCCCCGCAGGCUGGGAUCCCUGAGCCCCACCGGACGGCCCCGGAUGGGGAGCCUGGAAGCCAGGACCAAGAUACAGUGUGGUGCCUUCCCAGGGCUCAGCCCCUGAUCCCGGUGGCCCACAUCCACCCACUGCCCGCUGGGGCCCAGGCUGCCAGUCCCUGGCCUGAGGUGUCCCCCAUGCCCAGGCCACCCCCUGGCGUCCAGGCCUCAGUGCCCAGAGAGCCCAGCACCCGGGUUGUGGUGCCCAUAGCCCCCACCCACCGCUGGCCGGGACCCUCGCCUUACACGCCGGCCUCUGCGGCCCCUGAAGCUGAGUGCAUGGAGGAGCCCCCCACGGCUGGCCCUACUGCUGUGGUUGAGCAGAUCUCCAGCCCCCAUGGGGCCUUGUCCCCUGCCCCACCAGCAGGUCCCCACCCAUGCCCUGUCCCCAAAGUCGCACCCAAGCCCCGGCUCAGCGGCUGGACGCGCCUCAAGAAGCAGCUGAUGGAGGAGGAUUCCCCGUUCCCGGGGCCAGAGCCAAGCCCAGAGCGUGCAAAGCAGGAGGUGACAGUCCCCACCAGCCCAGCGCCCCGGCCCCCCUCCUCUCGGGCCUCCAGGAUGUGGGACGCAGUGCUGUACCGCACGUCAGUGGCCGAGUCUCGUGGCAGCCCGGUGAUGCCCAGGGACGGGGCUGGCACCCUGGCUGGCCUCGGCCGCCUGCCCUUCCUAUAUCGGCCUCGCUUCAACGCCCGGAAGCUGCAGGAGGUGGCCGCCCGGCCCCCUCCCACGAUCCACCCUGUCUUGGAGCUGAGCCCCCAGCCCAGGAACUUCAACAGGACGGCGGCCGGCUGGAGGAUCCAGUGAAGGGCCAGGAUGGCCCCAGGGCCCAGGACCAGGGGGUGAAUAGAAGACGGGCUGACGGUCCAGCUGGGAAGCUGUGGCCACUGAGGAGGGCACCAGGGCCGGGUGGGUGCUGAGGGAGCCUGGGGGUGCCUAGUGGUCAGGAAGGGCAGGCUGGGUGGAUGGGAGGGUGAAGGACCAUGGUGGGAGGUGGGCUGAGGCCAGGAGAAGGUGGGGGGAAGAAGAAGGCAGGUUUCAAUGGUGUGGAGGGGUCAGAGAAGGGGUCUGCAUUGGGUAGAGUGUGGGAGCUUUCUGGUGAAACUGUGGGUGAGAUGGAAAGCACCCGUCUGCUAUGAGGCAGGGAAUUGGAUCAUCGACCUCGCACGGCGGGGCUGACCCAUGUCUCCACGUGGGGCUUGGGGCAAGGAGGGGCAGGGAGGCGAUCAGCAGCAGGCCCUGGCUCCGGCCUGCACGCUGCACAGAGGGCCUGCCUGGGUCUCCAGGGAAGCCCGGAUCCCCCGAGGGCUGCUGGCGGGGAGCGGGGAGGGCUGGGCUCAGUCCCUGGUUACUCUGGGUGAUGAGCUCAGAGGCUGGGUAGGACGGGGAGGAUUCUGGGGCCAGGCUCUGUGGUCCCCAUCCCUUUGCUGUGAAAGAUUAGGGGCCGGGUUUACGUUUGCUGUCCGCAGUAUUAGCUGCGUCAGCGGUCUGCCUGCCAUGCUUCCCGACGAUGGAGCCCUGGCGGGUGCGGGGAGCCAGGCCUCGGGCCCAGUGCAAGUUGGUCCUGCACCCCUGUCCCUUUAGCUGCCCACCUCUGCUUCCCGCACCUGGGGGCAGAGCUUGAGGGCAGCUCACUGAUGGGAGAGAGGGGCAAGGCCUCGGCAUCUGUCAGGACCAGGCUUCGAUGGCUGGAUGGGGUGGUGUCCUCAGUACUGGGGCUCUGAGAACGGCCCAGCCAAGUGGGUGAGGAGGGGUAAUGGCCCAGCUAGAGGCAGUGAAUGGGACCCCAGGCCUCAUGCUGCUUUGGGGGCCCCCAGGCUGCAGUGAGCCGGGGUCUGACUCAGGGCAAGUGCCAGGGCUCUGAUGGGGGCCAGCAGCAAUGGGAGAGGACAUGGAGGGCCUUGGGGAAACCUCAGGCCCCAGCCCCUGAGAGCAGGACUCAGGGGGGGAGCAGCAGUUGGAAAGGGGCCAGGAUGUAACGGUGCUAAAAAUGGAGCCUGGGACCCAGGCCACUAAUAAAAGUGUGUCUAACCACGGCAGCGGGUCCCUGUCUGACUCCUCACCAGGUGAGGGCAGGGCGAUGGAAAUGGGAGCGGGCCCUCUGGGGCAGGAGGGUGAGACCGAGGUUCUAGUCCCUUUCAGACCCUCAGCUCACCCUGGGGAAGGGACUCAAGCUCCCCGGGCUCCAUCCCAUCCACUUCCUCCAAUGUUAGCCCUGCGGGGGCCAGGACAUCCCCACUGCCUAACGAGUCUGGGAAGAAGGGAGGUUUGAGCUUCCCCACAGAGAAUGGCUGAGCAGGGUGAAGCCAGGGGAAGGGACAAAGCUUCCACGUCCCCUGUAAGGGGGUGGGGGGCACGAGUCUGCAGGGGCUGGGAGACAGAGUGGAGGCUGGGUUCCGGCUGGCUCCGAGACUGGGCAUCUGGCCCUCUCAGGCUGCCCUGGCAGCCUGUGACAUGGACAAGUAGGCCCUGUCCACCCCGCCACACUCCCAGAAUGGCACAUUUCAGGCACAAUGCAUCAUGCU